UAAGAUAGUAAGGGGCAGGAAGACAUAUUUUCUAAGCUUUUGAAGAAGCCACACUGGGCAAAAGCCAAGAUUCAUCGAGAAGUACCUACUGAUGUGCUGUGUUGUUUUUUAUCCAUUCCCGUAAAAAAUAUAACCAACGGUACGAUGGAUUUGAUGAAUGGUAGAGUGCUUCAACUUGAAUCCAAAAUGGUUUAUCAUGUGAGCUUUAAAAAAAUAUCCAUUUGGAGGAAAUCUUCGAAAAUCAACAAUAAAAUGGAAAACUUAGCGAAUGAGGAGCUGGAAACAAGCCAAAUGCGAUAAUAUUACCGUAAAGACAAAACCAAUAACCAAACGAUAUCGAUGUCGAACCACUUAACCAGUUUUAAUGCGAUGUGCAAAAACGAAAGUAAAAAAUGUUACGGAGAUGAAGAAGGCAACGAAAAACUUACAAGUCCAAUGAUAUUUUUUUCAUAUGGUAUGCUGCUCACAGUAAUCGGCAUUGUGGGUUUAAUUGGAAAUGGUUUAGUUCUCAUCGUAUUUACCAGAUUUAGGAGAUUAAAGGGUCCGUUUUCCACAUUCGUAUUAAACUUGGCCACUGCCGAUUUUGCUACUUCGAUUUUGCAUUUCAUGUCAGCUGUGUCUUCAUUCAAACACGAAUGGAUCUUUGACGAAAUCGGGUGCACAAUAUAUGCUUUCGGAGUGGGACAAUUUGGUUUGGUGUCGAUUGUCACUCUUUCCACCAUAGCGAUUGAAAGGUACCUAGUGAUCACUGCGAAACCAGUGUCGGGGUCUUGGAAAUUAACACGACAGGGUGCAACGAAAGUGUGUGCGUUUGUAUGGAUAUACUGUUUAUCAAUAACAUUGCCACCGAUUUUCGGUUGGUCAAAGUAUGUAUUGGAAGGAUUCGAAACAUCAUGCUCGUGGGACUAUACGACUAGAACCGUCUCAAAUCGGUUAUUUUACAUCUACAUGUUGGUGCUCGGAUUUAUAUUGCCGGUCUCCAUCAUUACAUAUUGCUAUAUAUUCAUUAUUGUGUCAAUACUCGACCACAAUAAAGAAAUGGCCGAUUGUAACACCAACGUAGGACCGUUGGGCACAGAGAGUUGGGAUUACAGAUUAGCUUUAAAUGUCGCCAGACGAGGUCAAGCAGUACCUAUUCGAUCUGCCCUAAGAACGUCAUAUAUAAUCUUAAUCCUCAUUGGAUUAUUUAUAGCGUCUUGGACUCCGUAUGCUGUGGUCACGUUUGUUGGUCAAUUUGGAGGCCAAACAAAGAUAGAACCGUGGAUUUCUGCUCUUCCAGCCAUAUGUGCUAAGGCUUCUGUGGUGUACAAUCCCAUAGUGUACGGCCUCUCUCAUCCGCAUUUCCGGUCAUCAAUCCGGAACUACAUAUCGGGCUGUACGACGGUGGGCCACAGCCACACGGAGCUCUGCACCCCGGGACGUAACCAGCGGUUAGCGACGAACAAGAGCCUGAACCGAUUCGCUUUGCUCACCGGACAGGACCGGAAUCGUGCGAACGUCGUCGAACUGAAAUGCGUACGUCACCGGAGGGUGCCGCCGGACUCUAAUUCGAUUUGCAUGGACUACUACAGCGAACCCGACUGCCGGAGCCUCACGCUGACGAUGGAACCGAACCGGGGCUCGGCGAUCAUCAAAAUCGACAAAGUGCCAUUCAAAGUCGUCGUGUCCACUAUCAGGAGUAAAAGCGUCAACGGCAAAAUAAACACGAUAACUGACAAAACAGAUUGUUCCGAAGAAUCAAACGAAGAAUCAAAUGAAAAUCAAAUUGAAGAAGUGAAAAAAAACCAGUAUAUCUGAUCAAUUUGUAUUCGAUUUUUAAUAUUCACUCGUUUACUUAAACAUUUAAAAUAAACAAUUUUACUAUUUCUAGAA